GUUCGCUUAUUGCAUCGUUUGUAUUAUUUGGUACCAUUCGGCAUUCGUUUAACCCGUGUCAGUCGAAGUCUUUGCGUCUUACAACGCGAUUGUGUAUUCUUGAAGAUGGUGGCAAAGGACCAAAUUACGGAGAACCAUUACGGAUAUAGUAAGGACUUCCGGACUGCACUUCCGCAGUUACUUGCUGUCAGUGUCAAGAACUUGCUACUACUAGGUUAUGGAAUGACUCUGGGUUUCCCCACCAUCCUUAUUCCAGCCGUGCAGAACCCUGUUGAGGGGGAGGUACUGCGGCUGCAUAGCUCCGAAGUUUCUUGGAUAAGUUCAAUAAACCUAAUAGUAGUGCCAUUGGGGUGCGCUCUCUCGGGAGUAGUAACAGCGCCCCUUGGAAGACGACGGGCUAUGCAGAUGGUGAACGUCCCAUUCUUCAUAGCUUGGCUGACCUUCUAUUUCUCGAAGAACACUUCGCAUCUUUACAUGGCUCUCGUUCUAACUGGUCUGGCGGGAGGACUUCUUGAGGCACCGGUGCUAACAUAUGUAGCAGAGAUUACUCAGCCACACUUGCGUGGAGCUCUUACAGCUACAAGUUCUAUGUGCAUCAUCAUAGGUGUCUUUACACAGUUUCUCUUUGGUUUAUUUCUCUAUUGGCGGCAUGUGGCAUUACUAAAUAUAAUAUUUACGGUCCUUGCUGUGAUAGCCCUUUGCUUCGUCCCAGAAUCUCCACACUGGCUAGUCUCACGAGAACGAUAUAAUGAUGCUAGAAAGAGUUUACAAUGGCUUCGAGGAUGGACAACCCCACAGAGAGUGGAUGCUGAAUUGCGUGAUAUAGAAGCACUUUAUAAUAAAAAACAAGAAGCAGAAGGUAAAGUGGAGACAGUAUAUGAGAGAUUAUCGCUCUAUACUGAAAGGAGUUUCUUAAUUCCUUUCUUUCUUGUUAGUUAUGCCUUUUUCGUUGGUCACUUUAGUGGUAUGACAACUUUACAGACGUAUGCAGUAUCAAUUUUCCAAAUGCUGGAAGCUCCGAUUGACAAGUACUAUGCCACUUUAAUUCUUGGAGUACUUCAAAUUGUUGGAUCUGGAGGUUGUGUGCUGAUGGUCCAUUAUACAGGGAAGAGACCACUCACAUUCUUCUCAACAGCUGGAGCCGGCGUCUGCUGUCUGCUAGUUGCUGGAUACGAUGGCUAUAUACAAAACAACAUAUUACCGAGCGCGGUCAAUUCUACACUAGGAACCGUAGUAACCAUGAAUAACCCAAAUUCGUGGAUACCAACAACACUAUUAAUGUUAUUGGCUUUGAUUACACAUACGGGAAUUCGGCUGUUGCCUUGGAUACUUAUUGGAGAGGUUUUCAGUGCCCAAACUCGGUCGGGAGGAGCCGGGUUGGCCAGUGCUGUUGGUUACAUCUUCGGCUUCUUAACAAAUAAAUUGUACAUCGGUAUGGUUGAUUCUUUGUCCAUUUGGGGCACAUAUGGGCUCUAUGGAAUAAUCAGCCUAACAGGAUGUUUCGUAUUUUAUUUCAUCUUACCAGAGACGGAAGGAAAAAAAUUGAACGAUAUAGAAAAACACUUUGCAGGUGUCAAAAGGCUUACAAAUACAGUGUACCGUUCAUUGAAAAGGAAUGAUAUAUCGAAGCUUCAAGAUCUAAAAGGUGCAACAAAUCCAUCGUUCGAGGCGGACACAACCUAUAUUUAAAUAAUUUCAGAAAUUUUUGAGAUUAAUUUUUAACUGGCUUAAAAGAGAACUGAUUUCGUCGUGUGUUUUUGGUAGAAUCCCUAUGAUUUAAAAACUUUUUGUGUUUGUAUUUUCAGCUGGUGAUUUAGGGUCUGAUGAUGAGAUCCUGAUCCAAUUUUUAUUUGUCAUACAAUAUAAUUGAAUGUCGGUAACGAAAAAAAUAAUAAUUUUGUUAUAAAAACAGAAUUUUUAGGUUCUCUAAAAUUAUUUUUAUAAUAGUACAACGGACUCAUUAAAACAGCUACAAGUCAACUUUCAAACUUUCAACUUACAAAGUAGCUGAAAUAAGCUUUUUUUUAAAUAAUAUAUUAUAUUAUAGCUUUUUAUUAAAACUAAUACCGGCUCUGUUCAGAGAAAAUAAUUUUUAUUUUUUAUUUUCGCACAAUUUAAUGUAGUGCCGCGUUUAGUUAUUUCUAUUUAAUCAAAUUUUUAAUCAUUUAAGUAUAAAUGAUUUAUUAGAGUUGAACAUCGAAGGCAAGUGACGCUUGCCGCAGACGGAAUUUUGAUGGGUAAAUGUACUGUAAUUUUUUUCACCAAAAGAUGAAAAUGCUCUUUUUUGUCUAAUUGUGCAUUUAUAUAUGUUAUAAGUUUGGUGAAAUGUUAUGAACGCAAACUGUGAUAAUAAUACUUUUGUUAUCGAUAAAAUUAAUUUAUGAAAUCGAAAAACAUUACCACUGGUAGAUUGAAUGUAGAAACAGGGCAUUUAUAUUAUAGAUUACGGUAACAGAACAAAAAUAAUUGAUAAUAUUUAUUUUUGUGAAUCAAAAUGACAUCUCCAAAAGCCAGGCAUUGCUGAGCUUUGGAGGUUAAAAAGUAUAUUAUUGUGCCAAUGUUAUUAAAAAAAAAUAUAAUUUUGAUAUUAA